ACCCACCCGAUGGUGCGCAGUCAAUUGCGCCUGCGGCCAGACCGGAGAUUUUGGCCAGUUGCCGCCAGCAAGGUUCCAGACAAAGCCAGACGAAGGCACCGCAACCAUGUCUGGCGCAGCAAGGAAUGUCGCGGCAAACCACUUCCGGGGCGCGCUGACGCGCUGGCCCAAGGACGCCCUCCGACCCGAUUGCCAGUUGCAGGAUGUGCUCGCCAAGCGCCUGCAGAAGACUGCAUUAGCACCGUCGACGGGGGGCGCUACGCAGGAGCAAGCCGACCUCAAACAGGCCAACGCCCUUUACUCGCUGCUCCAGGACCGGUACAAGAAUAGGUAUCGCGCGCCCGAGAAGCUGUUCGAGCCCCGAAGCAACCCGACAUACUACAAGGACCUACUCAAGGAGCUCGAGGAGGCACCACACCGGUCGUGGUUGGGGAGGUUAGCAAAGAGACUGAGCGGCAUGAUCCGUUUCACAUGACCAGCCGCCGGGUGUUGGAUAUUAUACGAUACGCAACCUGCAUGGUCACGGCGUUCGGAGUUGGAAGCAAAAAAGGAGGGCAGCGGCACAUAAGGUCUCUUUCUCCUCGUCCCAAAUUGUACAAUCCUGCCUUUUGUCUAGUCCCUGAGAUGCCGGGGUAAA